GAGACAGAAGAGAACCAGUCCGUUUCUUCUAGGCGUUCAAGAGGCAAGCUGCGUUCUUUAGCCUUACACCCGGGCCUGCGCAUCAGGGUUGAGUUCUGGUUGCGAAUCUAAGAGAAGCACGAACCCUAGACGAAGAGCCCAAGGAUCUUAGAGGGAAGGGACAAAGCUCUUGGGGCCGGCUGGAUUCGCAUCAGGCGAAACCUUCACCUCCUGAGCCGGGAGUGGGGUGUCCUCUCGGAGGGGGCUUGGCAGUCCCUGUCCCUCACCCCUGAGCAGCGUCGAGAAGAGUGAUUCGCCAUGGCUGAGGCCGCGGAGCCCAAGGAGGUCUCUCAGGGUCCCCAUGGGCAACCUGAAGGUGCGAGGAUCGAGGGACUAGGAGAACCUGGGGCUGCGGACCCGCAGGGGCAGGCGGCGAGCAAGGAAGCUGCAGAGGCGCCCGAGGACCAGGGGGCGGGCGCAGAGGCGAAGGCCUCGGGGGAGGAAGAAGGAGGCUGCGGGCAGGACGAAGGGGUCGGGGGAGCGCAGACGCAGGACUCGCAGACCGGCUCGGGGACAGAGACUCCGAGUGCCGGCGGAGCGCUGGGUGAACCGGAGGCUGCAGAGCGCGACCCAGAGGGCGCCGGGCUUCCGCAGGGAACAGAGGAGGAGCCGGGCGCCCAGCAGGUGCGAGAGCCGAGCCCCGGGCUAGACGAGCAGGGUGAGGCCCCCGAUGUCUCUGGGGACGAUCGCCAGCAGCGGGAGGACCCCAUAACCCCAGAGGCGUGUAAAGAGGUAGAGUCCAGUCUGGAAGUGCAGGGGGGCAGUGCACCAGGGUCGCAGAUCAAUACGGAAGCCCAGGGACCCGCAGGGGAGAGCAUGGACACAGAUGCACCCGCAGGAGAGGCUCACGGGUCAGAGGGUGAGCCCCGGGGUGGAGGGGAAAGCAGCCCCCAGCCUCAGGCUGAGGAGACUGAGGUCGCAGCCGCAGAGGUCGGAGGGCACAACCCCGGGGAGCUGGCGGGAGCUCCAGCCGAAGAUGCCGCGGAGGGAGCGGGAGCCCUGGGGAAAGACGAGUCGGAAGAAGCUGCUACGGAGGAGGCGAGGGUAGACGCUAGCGAGAAUGGCAAGCAGGGCGGGCUCCAGGAGGAGACCGGGGAGGAAGAAGCGAGGCCAGAACCCGGGCUGGAGGGACGCUGCGGGGAGAAGCGUUCCGACGGCAGCCCUGACCAAGAGGAGGCCAAAGCUGCCGGCCACGAGGAGCCCCAGGCGGAGCUCAGCAACCACCUCGCCGAGGAGCCCAGCGCUCAGGGAGCAGAAGAGCUGGGGCGCGUGAAUGACCGCAGGGAGAACGGCCCGGCACCCGAGGUGGAGGACCCCGGACAGGAGCAUGACAUAACUCUGUUUGUCAAGGCUGGUUAUGACGGGGAGAGCAUUGGAAACUGCCCAUUUUCUCAGCGUCUCUUUAUGAUCCUCUGGCUAAAGGGUGUUAUCUUCAACGUCACAACAGUGGACCUGAAAAGGAAGCCUGCGGACCUCCAGAACCUGGCUCCCGGGACGAAUCCUCCUUUCAUGACUUUUGAUGGCGAAGUCAAGACGGACGUGAACAAGAUCGAGGAGUUCUUAGAGGAGAAGUUAGUUCCCCCACGGUACCCUAAGCUGGGGACACAACACCCCGAAUCCAACUCAGCAGGAAAUGAUGUUUUUGCCAAAUUCUCUGCAUUUAUUAAAAACACCAAGAAGGAUGCAAACGAGAUUUAUGAGAAGAGCCUGCUCCGGGCCCUGAAGAAGCUGGACAGUUACUUAAACAGCCCACUGCCGGAUGAGAUAGACGCCUACAGCACAGAGGAUGUCACUGUUUCCCGAAGGAAGUUCCUGGAUGGGGACGAGCUCACACUGGCCGACUGCAACCUCUUACCCAAGCUCCACAUCAUUAAGAUCGUGGCCAAGAAAUACAGAGGUUUUGAGUUUCCUUCUGAAAUGACUGGCAUUUGGAGGUACUUGAACAACGCCUAUGCCCGGGAUGAGUUCACUAACACAUGUCCGGCUGACCGGGAGAUCGAACACGCGUACUCGGAUGCGGCAAAAAGGAUGAAGUGAUGCUCGCUUGCCUUCCGGUCCCUUUCUCAGAUGAGUGAGCGAGGCUUCCAGGAGAGCCCUCUGUGCUUCCCCAGAGGCGGCGUUUGCACGAUGUCUCCAGCUCUCUGAAUGCCACCACAGGGUGCAUGGCCUUGGAUUUGUCUACUCAUUGCUACAUCUCGUCUAUGCUAACCCCGUACUCUCGUGAUCGUGCUUAGGGCAGCGGUGUUUCGCGCUGUGCUUCAAAGACUUGGACUUCCAUCCCCCUGUUUCACAGAAGUUAGUCUUUCUUUGAUAUUUCACAUACACAGCUUGCUUUUCUCUUCUUCAAUAUUAGUUUAAAACGAAACACUUUAGAGCACUGUUAGAGGGUACGAAGAAGAAAGUAAAAAUCACCUAAAACUUACUGUGUGUAACUUUUGGUAACAAAUUGUUGAAUAUUUCUAGAUUCUUCAAUCUUUCAUGUAUGCCUGUGUGCACAUGCGUGCGUGUGUGUGUGUGUGCACAUGCGUGUGUGUACGUGCAUGCGCACAUACACAUAUACACACACAUGUGCACAUGCAGAUACACAUCACACAUAAUUUCCUUCAUACAUGGUGUGGCAUUUGUAAGGGGCUGAUGAGGGGACCUCUUGGUGCCUCAAUGGUCAUCACAGAAGACUUAAGACAAAGGAUUUGUCCCCGAUGAGUCACAUAGGGACCGUAGGCGCCCCCCCCCCCCCGCAGUGCCAAGGGAUAGCAGGAACUGGGGUGAUGGGACCAGGGUGUCCUCUUCUGCUCCGAGGAUGCUGUCGCCUCUGAGUCCUGGAAGGGUGUAGAGAGUGUGCUCCUGGGCCUUUGGCUCUAACUUCCUUCCCGGUCCCUUCUCUUCUCUGUCCUCUAGAGGAACUGUGCCUUCACGGGGACUCUUUCUGUCAGCAGCAGUGUGGAGAAUUCCCCCUGUCUUAUGUCAUGUGAGCCUAUGACUUCUGCUCGUGGCAGUUCUUCAAUGAGAGCGUGCGGCUGAGGCUAGCUCAUUCAUGUCUACUUUCUAUCUCAUUCUGAGGCUAGCUCAUUCAUGUCUACUUUCUAUCUCAUUCUGAGGCUAGCUCAUUCAUGUCUACUUUCUAUCUCAUUCUGAGGCUAGCUCAUUCAUAUCUGCUUUCUAUCUCAUUCUGAGUCCAAGCAGGGCAACUAAAUUCCAGGAGAAAGCUCAGAAAAUCCUACUCUUAAGCACUCCUGCUCUUUAACGAGGAGUGUCUGGUCUCCUGUGGCAUUCCCUCCUUCAUCCCUGGGGCCGCCCAGCAUCAUAGCUAGGCCCAUGGGUGGCUGCUGGGCUCCAGCCCAGUUGUAGAUGAGAAAAUGUGAGGCUGCUUAGAGGCUCUACCAGACAUCUCUGGCUGUAUCUUCACAGCCACACGUCUUCCAGGAAACGUCUCUUGUAGACUUGGCUGUGGAGCAUGGUGGGUUCUGGAACCCUCAUGCGUAAUCUACUCAGUGGGCAAUUUGUUUGGAUGAAAGUGAGAUUCACGCAAACAGUAAGAUCCUAAGAUUGGGUGAAGAAUGUCUCACAAGGACAUGAAGUCCAGUACGGAGGCCUGUUCAUAUCCUUGUUUCUUAUAUGCUCUGGCUUCAGCUCAGUAGUUAGUUUCUUUGUCACUUGAGGGAAGAAGGUUUUAGGAUCGUGUCUAGCCCAUAUCACCACAGUCCAAAUUAUUUCACAUCUCUUUAGGAGUCAGCUUUUACAAUGUGACAUUCACACUUGGUAAAUGAGUGGAUAAUAGGGUGUUAGUCCUGUUAAUUUUGAUCUUUUAGAUAUUAAGAUGAUCACCAAUGGUGUGCCUUACAAAUAAAACAUUUUCAAUCAA